AUGCAAAGCACGCUAACUUUACUUAGCCUAACCUUCUAUGCUGCCUUAAUCUAUAUAGUUCUUAGGCAACUUAUCUGCCUUCUUAAUGCUACAGGAGGUGGCGGUAUCCUAGCUUCAGCCAACACCGAGUCAUCGCAAAAGCUUAGGAACAACAUUAUCCUGCUAGGUCUUGGCAUACAAGUUAUCUUCUUCGGCUUCUUCGUUGUUGUAAGUAUAAUGUUCCACCUUCGCGUUACAGAGAAACCGACUGCGAUAUCGCAUUCGGCUACCGCACCAUGGCGAAAGCUUCUGUGGCUGCUAUACUGCGCUAGCUUACUUAUCAUGGUGCGGUCCGUCUACCGUAUGAUUGAGUAUGCAGAGGGCAACAAUGGUGCGUUGAUGCAAAAAGAGAUGUUCGUCUAUGUUUUAGACGCUCUUCUUAUGUUCCUGGUGCCGUGCAUGUUUGCGCUGCAGUAUCCAGGAAUCAUACUUAAGAAACUAUCAUUAGAGCAUAGUUACAUUAGCACAGGUUUAUCGAUGGAUAACUAUCCAACGAAUACCAAUGGUGGAAAACAAUAG